UGUCAUUUCAUAUUCCCAAGCUACUUAACUCUCGAUAAAGGCAGAAAGGUACUUUUAGCUACAAGUUUCUCUUUCUCUUCCCUUCAAGUCAUUCUUCUUCAUUCUCCUUCGGCUGUCAACAUGGAAAUCGUAGCGUUUGUCAUCGGAGUGAUAGGCAACAUCAUCUCAGUUCUCAUGUUUCUUUCACCAGUAGGGACAUUCAUUAGGAUAGUGAAGAAUAAAUCGACUGAGGAAUUUGAUAGCCUUCCAUACAUUUGUACACUGCUAAGUUCAUCGUUGUGGACUUACUAUGGAAUUAUAAAGCCAGGGAGUUUUCUUGUAUCCACUACUAAUGGUUUUGGAGUCGCCGUUGAGAUUAUAUACCUGUCCUUGUUCCUUCUCUUUGCUCCUCCAAACAUGAGAUUAAAGACUGCGGUACUAGUUGUGGUUUUAAAUGUAGGGUUUUCAGCGACAGCUAUUCUGUUGGCACAAUUUGGAUCUCAUGGGGAGAUGAGAAUUGAUGUUAUUGGUUUCUUGUGCUCAGCUCUAAACAUUGUCAUGUAUAGUUCCCCUCUUAGCGUGGUGAAAACAGUGGUGACAACAAAGAGCGUUGAGUACAUGCCAUUCCUUCUUUCACUUUUCUUUUUCUUAAAUGGUGGAGUUUGGACUUUGUACGCUUUGCUUGUACGAGACUGGUUUCUUGGAGUACCAAACGGGAUAGGAUGUCUGCUGGGAACGGCACAACUAGUGAUAUAUGCCAUUUACCGAAAGGGUAAAUCAGUGAAGCACAUAGCUGACUUGGAGGAAGGAGGGCAGAUAGAGCAUCUUCUUCCACCUUCUGCCACCACAAAUAUUAAUUACAAGUACAAUGGGUUCGUGCUUUCUGCCACUAUGUAUUGAAAGCACCAACUUUUACUGCUUCUCUAUGCAUGGAGUAUAUUCUACUUUAUCACUCUGUUUCACUUAAUUUAGUUCUUCAAUUUUCUUAUUCUCCAUAUUAAAUUUUAAGCUAGUUGCUGAUACUC